GCUUUUUUUCUGAAAAUUAUAGAGAGUCACCUGAUGUCAUGCGAGCUUUACUUGAUCUUGUUACAUUGCAUUGCAAGGUUAAUAAUUUAGAUUCAGUUGAGGCAAUGAAAGAAAUACACUUAUAUAGAGAUCGAAAGGAAAGCUUUGAUAGGCCUGAAGCUGUUCCAGCUGCAAAAAAACUUCAACCUGAUGAAUGGUGGAGGUUGUUUGGUAGUUCUGCUCCGUGUUUACAAAAAAUUGAAGUUCGCAUUCUUAGCCAAGCAUCUGCUUCUUCAGGGUGUGAAAGGAAUUGGAGUCUUUUUGAUCAAAUUCAUACAACAAGAAGGAAUAGAUUGGAGCAUGAUAGGCUAAGUGAUAUUGUGUAUGUUACAUAUAAUUUGCGUCUUAAAUCCAGGAAUGAAAGAAAAAAAAGAAAGCAAAAGUCGCAAUAUGAUCCAAUCGAUAUUGAAACUAUUGAUAAGGUUGAUUUUUGGGUGACGGAAGAGGUUGUUGAAAAAGAGCCUGAUCUUCCAAGUAAUAUUGAAGACUUGCUUCAUGAGAUUGAUGCUGAUUUAGAUCAAGGUGGUGGUGGUGGUAGUACUAGUACAUUUUAUGCUGCACCACUUGCUUUUUCUGGUCCAAGUAGUGGAAAUGAAGGUGAUGAAAUCAAUGAGGCAAAUCUGUAGCAAAUUAUGGAGGAUUUUGAUGAUUGAUGACAAACUUGGAUCAUUUUGAUGAUGCUAUCUUGGGUUUGAUUGGUUGUUUGAGGACUUUUGAACUUUGAAUUUGUAUUUGAAUGAGAUUAUAACAUUUGGUUUAUGUAGUAA